ACAGACACCUUCUCAGACAAACUCAAACAAGGGACAUUUUAUUUUUACGACUAUAGAAACCCACAAGAAACAAGUGUGGGAGGAAAAGAUUUUAGAUCACGUGGCCACCACGUCAUUCUCAGAAUAUGCUGGCUGGGUGUAGCCAAUAAAAAUACAACAACCUCUCCACUGAAACCUAAUGACUUGCUCUGCUCGCCUAUAUCCACGCAACAUGCAUCAAUCUCAGAGAAUGAGACUUUAGAUCGCCUUGGCAGACUGAGUUACUGAAAAUAAAACAGAAGACGCCAGCCGAAAGUGAAAAUGGCAAAUCAAACAGACUUUCUGCCCCAGACUGAGAUGAGCACCGACAUGCAACCCUUCAACACCACCUCAACAUCCAGCCCCUUCAACACCUCAGACUUCUUUGCCAAAAUCGCAGCCAAUGACCUGACAUCCAGGGCCAACUACGUAUAUGCGCUCUGUGCCGUGCUGGGCUUGGCCUCGGCGUGCAUUCUACUCUACGCCUUAAUUCGGUCCUACAGAGCCCAGAGGUACCUGGCCUGGCUGGACUCCCUGCUCUGGGCCUUUUCCAGCUCCCAGCUCCUUCUCUUGCUCCUCUCCCUCUCUUCCGUAGCACACCGGCCCAGCUACCUGGUGACCACACACAUCGGCUGUGCUGCGCUCGCCUUCACCGUCAACAUGGCAUCCCUCUGCGGGCUGUUGCUCCUGGUGUUCAUGGGAUACGCCCUGACCUUCGACACCCCAACUCACACCCUGCUGAAGAGGCCUGGGGUCUGUGUGGCUCUGGUGCUUCUGGUUUCUAUCCUGUGCUCCUUGGUGCUGGCCAGACUCAGAGGCCCCUCCAAGGAAUUGCAUUUGGAGGGCAUAUGUAUUAUAGACCCAACUGAGGCAGGAAGGUCUUAUGCCAUGGCGAAGCUUUGUCUGGGGUGCCUAAUUCCCUACCUCCUCCUUCUGGGACUCCUGACAGGCGGCUGCGUCCGCCAAUGGAAAUCCAGCAGCCGGUUCCUCUCCGGAUCAGAGGAAGGUCCGGUGUUCCUGGCAGUGGCUGUGGUGAUAUUUGUAUGUCAGCUAUUCCAUGGCAUUGUGCUGGUAAGGGGGGCAGGGAUGCAGCAGGCUGGUGAUCUCAGCUAUCACGAGAGGGCGUUCAUGCACGUGUCCGAGUUUGUGAUGUUCUCUGGGAGUUGUGUGUGUCUAGUGUUAGUGCUCCUGCUGCAUAGACCGUGCAGGGAAAGCCUUCUGGAGGUGACCAGGCAACUCCGCGACUGCUGCCGGGGCCUGGGGGGCCGACAGACCCACAGACACAUCAUGGAACCCCAUAUUGAGAUUGCUGACACUCAGGACUAUAACCCUUAGGUCAAUAACCAUCCCAGACAUUCAGGAAUAUUAUGCCUUUUUUAAGACCGCCAAAUCUAUCCUUAUAAACGUUGAUUCAUAUAUAUAUAUACACACACAGUGCCUUGCGAAAGUAUUCGGCCCCCUUGAACUUUGCGACCUUUUGCCACAUUUCAGGCUUCAAACAUAAAGAUAUAAAACUGUAUUUUUUUGUGAAGAAUCAACAACAAGUGGGACACAAUCAUGAAGUGGAACGACAUUUAUUGGAUAUUUCAAACUUUUUUAACAAAUCAAAAACUGAAAAAUUGGGCGUGUAAAAUUAUUCAGCCCCUUUACUUUCAGUGCAGCAAACUCUCCAGAAGUUCAGUGAGGAUCUCUGAAUGAUCCAAUGUUGACCAAAAUGACUAAUGAUGAUAAAUACAAUCCACCUGUGUGUAAUCAAGUCUCUGUAUAAAUGCACCUCCACUGUGAUAGUCUCAGAGGUCCAUUAAAAGCGCAGAGAGCAUCAUGAAGAACAAGGAACACACCAGGCAGGUCCGAGAUACUGUUGUGAAGAAGUUUAAAGCCAGAUUUGGAUACAAAAAGAUUUCCCAAGCUUUAAACAUCCCAAGGAGCACUGUGCAAGCGAUAAUAUUGAAAUGGAAGGAGUAUCAGACCACUGCAAAUCUACCAAGACCUGGCCGUCCCUCUAAACUUUCAGCUCAUACAAGGAGAAGAAUGAUCAGAGAUGCAGCCAAGAGGCCCAUGAUCACUCUGGAUGAACUGCAGAGAUCUACAGCUGAGGUGGGAGACUCUGUCCAUAGGACAACAAUCAGUCGUAUAUUGCACAAAUCUGGCCUUUAUGGAAGAGUGGCAAGAAGAAAGCCAUUUCUUAAAGAUAUCCAUAAAAAGUGUUGUUUAAAGUUUGCCACAAGCCACCUGGGAGACACAAGAAGGUGCUCUGGUCAGAUGAAACCAAAAUUGAACUUUUUGGCAACAAUGCAAAAUGUUAUGUUUGGCGUAAAAGCAACAAAGCUCAUCACCCUGAACACGCCAUCCCCACUGUCAAACAUAGUGGUGGCAGCAUCAUGGUUUGGGCCUGCUUUUCUUCAGCAGGGACAGGGAAGAUGGUUAAAAUUGAUGGGAAGAUGGAUGGAGCCAAAUACAGGACCAUUCUGGAAGAAAACCUGAUGGAGUCUGCAAAAGACCUGAGACUGGGACGGAGAUUUGUCUUGCAACAAGACAAUGAUCCAAAACAUAAAGCAAAAUCUACAAUGGAAUGGUUCAAAAAUAAACAUAUCCAGGUGUUGGAAUGGCCAAGUCAAAGUCCAGACCUGAAUCCAAUCGAGAAUCUGUGGAAAGAACUGAAAACUGCUGUUCACAAAUGCUCUCCAUCCAACCUCACUGAGCUCGAGCUGUUUUGCAAGGAGGAAUAGGAAAAAAUGUCAGUCUCUCGAUGUGCAAAACUGAUAGAGACAUACCCCAAGCGACUUACAGCUGUAAUCGCAGCAAAAGGUGGCGCUACAAAGUAUUAACUUAAGGGGGCUGAAUAAUUUUGCACACCCAAUUUUUCAGUUUUUGAUUUGUUAAAAAAGUUUGAAAUAUCCAAUAAAUGUCGUUCCACUUCAUGAUUGUGUCCCACUUGUUGUUGAUUCUUCACCAAAAAAAAUACAGUUUUAUAUCUUUAUGUUUGAAGCCUGAAAUGUGGCAAAAGGUCGCAAAGUUCAAGGGGGCCGAAUACUUUCGCAAGGCACUGUGUGUAUAUAUAUAUAUAUAUAUAUAUAUAUAUUAGAAGCUGACAGCAGAUAAGUUAAAAGCAAGGAUACAUUCUGAAAGUUUAGUUACUGAUCGUUUACAUUUAAUUUUGGCUUGAAUUUGAAGACCGUAAAUAGUGUUACUCAGACAGUUUUGUUUUCCAAUGUACUUUUUGUAACUUUUUCAAUGUAAUGAUUAAUCUUAUUUCAUGUAUGAUCAGCGUACUGUUACUUCACCAACCAACUGACUUGUUUAUGAAAACCUUUUUUUUGGCAAAUCGAACGAUGUCUGUACAAUUCAUUGGUGACUUUUGCAAUAUGAUGAUAGUGAAAUUUCAAACGAAGAAGAGUAAAACGAAGUUGUGCAAUGACAAAUAAACCACGAACAAUCAUUGGAAA